AUCAACUUUUUGUGCACAGUGCACAAAUUGUCCAAUUUGUGCAGGCUAAAUGGCACCAUUAUUUACUUAUGAUUAUAAGCUAGAGAGUUGUGUUAGUGCUGCUAAGCUAAAUGCCACCAAGCUUUCAAGUGAAAUCUAGUAAGAGUUUGGUGAAGCUACUGGUGGUACUCUUGUAGUUUUUAACUUUAAAUUUCCAAUUUCAGGUAAAAUAUGUGUAAGACAAUUCAAAUACAUGGAUUCCCAUCCAAUGUUUCUGCUGAAGAGGUAACAAAAUUUUUGGAACAACAUGCUGGCUUCCAAACUGUUCUUGCUGUAAAGAUUGAGCAGCAUAAAGAUGAAGAUUCUAUGGCACAUGUUAAAGUUCAAUUCACAGACAAAAAAAGUGUUGAAACAAUCUUAAACAUGGUUACUAAUAAACACCUAUCUUACAUUAACUAUGUUUUAAAUGCUACAUUAAUAAAACCUGACAUUUUGUCAAAGCCAAGAAUCUUUGCUUACAAUAUGGAUGGUAUUGGAAUUCACUUUGGUUGUCAAACAUCUAAGAGAAAACUUAGUGUGCUAUGGGAACAUUCAAAUGCUUCUGUUAAAUUUGGAGCUAGAUUGAGAAAAAUGUAUAUAUUUUUUCGAUAUUUGUCUAAGGAUUAUAAGAUGCAGAUCAAUUCCGAGAGUAUAUCGCGAAUUGAGCUUCAUCACUCCCAUUGUCGUACCAAGAAGCUUCUCCUUUUUCAGUUACGUAGCGCUCCUCGGAUCUACGAGAAAGAGGUUUCCGAAAUCAAGUACUUUAAGGAAGCUUAUGACAACCAUUGGUUUAGAAGUGUAGAUUUCACCUCAUCAGGCUGUAUUGGACAAUCAUCUGCUUUGUGUUUUAAGCUUCCACAAAGUACCGAGCUUCCGAAUUUUCGUCACCACUUUCGAAAUUAUUAUAAAUUUGAUGACACCUUUGAUCUUGAAAAACAACCUGGUUUCCCAUCAAAAUUCGAUUUUGUCCCCAUGGUGAUUCCACCAGAAGGAUUCACUUUGCCAUACAAAUUUCUGUUCAAAAUUAACUCAUUAGUUCAACAUGGUUGCCUUCCUUUGCAAGCAAUCGACACCGACCUUUUUCAUAUGGUUGAUCCAAAAAGAAUAAAAGCUGAAUAUAUAGAAAGUGCUUUGAAUAAAUUACAUUUGAUGAAAGAAUGCUGCUAUGAUCCUGUUCAAUGGUUGGAGAAACAAUAUCAACGAUACUCGAAAAAUAGUUCACUUCCAUUAUCUAGUACCAUUUCAUUAGAUAAUGGUUUGGUGUAUGUUCAUAGAGUACAAGUAACUCCAUCCAAAGUAUAUUUUUGUGGUCCCGAAGUGAAUCUUUCGAAUCGAGUUUUGCGCAACUUUCCUAAAGACACCGAUAACUUCCUUCGUGUUUCUUUUGUUGAUGAAAACAUGGAUAAACUCCGUUCGUCUGAUUUUUUGUCGCGAUCCUCUUGUAUAGAAGUGGACAGAGAAACAAAGGUUCAUAAAAGAGUACUGUCUACACUAAAAAACGGCAUAGAAAUCGGUGACAAGAAGUUCGAGUUUCUUGCUUUCUCAUCAAGUCAACUACGUGAUAACUCGGCAUGGAUGUUUGCAUCAAGAAAAGGCCUAACCGCCUGUGAUAUAAGAAAAUGGAUGGGAGACUUUAAUGAAAUUAGGAAUGUGGCAAAAUAUGCAGCAAGGCUUGGUCAAUCAUUCAGCUCUUCAAGGGAAACGGUUAGUGUUGAAAGACACGAAAUCGAAAUCAUUCCUGAUAUAGAAUUGAUAAGAGGUGAAAGCAAAUAUUGUUUCUCUGAUGGAAUAGGGAAGAUAUCUUAUGAAUUGGCUCAAGAAGUUGCUAAAAAAUGUGGCUGCAAAGAUCAUAUUAUUCCAUCUGCCUUUCAAAUAAGAUACGGUGGUUACAAAGGCGUUGUUGCUAUUGAUCCUAAUUCAUCAACUAAGCUUUCAUUGAGAAAUAGCAUGUGCAAGUUUAAGUCAGAAAACACAAAAUUAGAUGUAUUGUCAUGGAGCAAAAACAAACCGUGCUUUCUUAACCGUCAAGUAAUCGUUCUGUUGUCCACGCUCGGUGUCAAGGAUAGAGUCUUUACAAGGAUGCAAAGGGAGAUUGUUAAUAAACUCAAAAUGAUAUCAAGAAAACCAUUCAUUGCAUUAGACAUGAUGUCACAAGGAGAGAUUACAAACAUGUUAAGAGAAAUGCUUAUUGGUGGAUUCCAUCCGAAAAAUGAACCUUUUCUUUCCAUGAUGUUGAAAACAAUAUGUGCAUCAAAGUUACAAGAAUUGCAGCUCAAAACAAGGAUAUUUGUUAGGAAAGGAAGAGCAAUGUUAGGAUGCUUGGAUGAAACUAGGACUUUAAAAUAUGGAGAGGUAUUUGUCCAAACAUCUCUUUCUUCUAAGGGCAUUGGAGCAAAACAAGGAAAAUAUAUUGUUAAAGGGAAGGUAGUUGUAGCAAAGAAUCCAUGUCUACAUCCAGGAGAUGUAAGGGUUUUGAGAGCAGUUGAUGUACCUUCCUUACAUCAUAUGGUAGAUUGUGUUGUUUUCCCACAGAAAGGGAGAAGACCACAUCCUAAUGAAUGUUCAGGAAGUGACUUGGAUGGAGAUAUCUACUUUGUCUGUUGGGACCCUGCUCUUAUUCCUCCUCAUCAAGAAAGUCCAAUGGAUCAUUCACCCUCUAAAGUCAUGAAUGUGGCUCAUGAUGUCACUUUACAGGAUGUAGAGGAACAUUUCACUCACUACAUUGUUAAAGACACCUUAGGAAUUAUUGCAACUGCACACACUGUGUUUGCUGAUAAGGAUCCAGAAAAGGCAAUGAGCCUUUCAUGCAUAGAGCUUGCAAAACUACACUCAAUUGCCGUCGAUUUUGCAAAAUCCGGUGUCCCAGCCGAAAUACCACAACAUCUACAAGUGGAUAAGUAUCCAGAUUUCAUGGAAAAGCAAAACAAACCAACUUAUCAAUCAAACAACAUAAUCGGAAAACUUUACCGCGAGGUUAAGAAUGUCGCACAACAUAAUAGCCACAAAAGAUCAUUCACUAGAAAAACAGCAUUGAAGUUAUAUGAUCAUGACAUGGAAAUUGAUGGUUUUGAAAAAUUCACAAAAAUUGCUUGUGAAUACAAACACAUGUAUGAUACCAAGUUGUUGAACUUAAUGGAUUAUUAUGGUAUAGAAACAGAAGCUGAAAUAAUUAGUGGAAAUAUCUUAAAGAUGUCAAAAUCUUUUAAUGAUAGAAAAGAUGAAGAAGGAAUAAAUCAUGCUAUGAUUUCAUUAAGGAAUGAAGCUAGAGAUUGGUUCAAUGAGAUGAUAAGAAAAUCAAAUUCUCAAUAUGGUGAUGAUGAUGAUGAUUCUUAUGCCAUAGCUUCUGCUUGGUAUUAUGUAACAUAUCAUCCUAGUUAUUGGGGAUGCUAUAAUGAGGGACUAAAUAAGGAUCAUUUCCUAAGUUUUCCAUGGUGUGUUUAUGAUAUUCUCAUUCAAAUAAAGAAGGACAAAGCCAAUAGUAGAACUUAUGAUAUGAAGGUUUGGACAACAUUUAAUAUGUUUCUCAUCAUAUUAAUGUUUUGCAUCUUAUUGUGGAUAAUAUAUAGUGCAUUAUCAUAAGAAUUUGUAUAGGUAAUUAAAUUGUAAAUAUUACCUAUUCAAAUUACUUGUUAUACAUUAAUGUUUUUCAUGUGUGAUAAUAUAUAGGGUAAAAUGUGUUUUUAGUUUAUUCAUUCAUAAAAAUAAAGUGUUUUUAGUUCAUAUAUCAAAUAGUUAUAGGCAUCUUUUAAAUUUAGUCUCUAUAUGUUUUUAGCACCUACCUUUUUAUAAACAUGGAUUUUUUUUUUCUAUAAAAAA